UUAUACGCGGCUGGAUUUAGGAAGUUUAGCAGAGGAAUAUUAUCAUCGUCUUCGAAAUGUCUUUGUCAUGGACAAUGUGCACAUGUAUGACAGUUCUGUCCCUGUACAUUGGAGGAUGCCAGGCAGCAGUGGGAGAUGCCUGUCCUGUUGGCAACGAGUGUACAGUUACAGGGGAGACAUGUAGUGGUGGAGCAUGUGUCUGUGACACCACGACUCAUUACCAAAGUGGAUCAAGCUGUGUGACAAGAUUAGAUCCAGGAGUGACAUGUCCUGUAUCACCGACCAAUGCAUGUAAAGACAACUCUGUGUGUACCCUUAUUAGUCAGUGUACCUGUAACCAGGGCUACUACGACAGUGACGGUCCAUCAACCAAUAACGGGAUAUGUACUCCAAGUAAGAUGUUUACACGUAAAUACUAACAAAUAGUGAUGUGGUGAU